AUGACCUCCGGCGAGAAGAGCACGACCGUGGAGACGGAGACGCGUGAGGAGACGGAGACCGAGGAGAGCGCGGUGACGUCUGGCAGCACGACGUCGGUGUCGGGCGCUCGCGCCGUCCGCUCGACCGUGGAGGCCGGCGCGGCCCCGGGCGAGUCGGUGCAGACGGAGGUGUUCCAGUCGCAGGAGGCCGACGGCAGCAUCGUGACCAAGACGGUGAAGACGACGACGCGUAUCUCCAAGUCCACCAGCGGCGAGCUGGUGCGCACGAUCGAGGUGGAGACCACGACGGAGACGGAGAUGACCUCCGGCGAGAAGAGCACGACCGUGGAGACGGAGACGCGUGAGGAGACGGAGACCGAGGAGAGCGCGGUGACGUCUGGCAGCACGACGUCGGUGUCGGGCGCUCGCGCCAUCCGCUCGACCGUGGAGGCCGGCGCGGCCCCGGGCGAGUCGGUGCAGACGGAGGUGUUCCAGUCGCAGGAGGCCGACGGCAGCAUCGUGACCAAGACGGUGAAGACGACGACGCGUAUCUCCAAGUCCACCAGCGGCGAGCUGGUGCGCACGAUCGAGGUGGAGACCACGACGGAGACGGAGAUGACCUCCGGCGAGAAGAGCACGACCGUGGAGACGGAGACGCGUGAGGAGACGGAGACCGAGGAGAGCGCGGUGACGUCUGGCAGCACGACGUCGGUGUCGGGCGCUCGCGCCAUCCGCUCGACCGUGGAGGCCGGCGCGGCCCCGGGCGAGUCGGUGCAGACGGAGGUGUUCCAGUCGCAGGAGGCCGACGGCAGCAUCGUGACCAAGACGGUGAAGACGACGACGCGUAUCUCCAAGUCCACCAGCGGCGAGCUGGUGCGCACGAUCGAGGUGGAGACCACGACGGAGACGGAGAUGACCUCCGGCGAGAAGAGCACGACCGUGGAGACGGAGACGCGUGAGGAGACGGAGACCGAGGAGAGCGCGGUGACGUCUGGCAGCACGACGUCGGUGUCGGGCGCUCGCGCCAUCCGCUCGACCGUGGAGGCCGGCGCGGCCCCGGGCGAGUCGGUGCAGACGGAGGUGUUCCAGUCGCAGGAG